AUGCCACGAUUUGUAAACAGCUUGACUGUGCGACACAGUCUCACCUUUGUUACGGGUCUGUUUGAGUGUCUGGUUUUCACUGGAGCUGUGUUUGGAUGGGCUUCACUUGUUUUCGUCCUGAAGGCAGAGGGUUACUUCAGCUCUCUGUGCAUCAACACAACCGGAGUCAAUUCAACGCAUGACUUAGACUGCAAUGGACAGGAUGAGCAGUUCUCUCUUGUUUUCACCAUCGCCUCUUGUAUGUUCACUUUCCUGACGCUGCCCAAUGGUUUCCUCUUUGACUGGUUUGGUACCACAGUGACUCGGCUUGUUGGAAUAUUUCUUUACACAGCGGGGACCCUGAUGGUGGCCUUCUCAACUGCAGCUUUGUCCAACCUGAUGUUCCCAGCCCUCUCCCUCAUCGCAGCAGGUGGCAUCAUUUUUCUAAUCACCAACAUGCAGGUAGGAAACCUGUUCGGCUCACGUCGCUCCACCGUCAUCACCCUCUACAAUGGAGCCAUCGACUCUUCAGCGGCACUCUUUCUUGUCAUCAAGCUGCUACAUGAGGCUGGAGUCUCUCUCCUCCCCUCCUUCCUCUUCCUGUCUGCCUGCAGCAUCUUUCACCUGCUCAGGACUUUCUUUCUGCUGCCCAGAGGCCAUAUUCCCUACCCGCUGCCUGAUGACUACACAUACGGGAUAACCUGUGGUACAUCAAGGACUCUGAGCUUAGAGCACAUAACAGCGUAUGGUAACACACAGACAACGACAGAGGGAGUUGAAGACGUCCCUGUGAAACAAGAGAAGAGUUUCCGUGAGUGUUUGAUGUCCAGAUUUUUUGUGUGGCAUGUGAUUUGGUUGUCGGUGAUGCUGCUCAGACAUUACCUCUUCAUCGGCACCCUCAAUCCGAUGCUGCAGCGGCUGACGGGGGGAGAGCCCUCACUGGUGAGCCAGUACAGCAAUGCCUUUGCAAUAACGCAGCUGUGUGGCGUGCUGUGUGCUCCCUGGAACGGCCUCAUCAUGGACAGACACAAGGGCAAACCUCGUGCUGAAGGAGAGAGUGAACAGGAAGCAGACCUGCGGGCCUCGGUGCUUUCUCUCUUCCUGACAGCACUGCAGUGUGUGGUGUUCUCAGUUUGUGCCACCAUCCCAAACCUGCCACUUCAGUACUUCACCUUUGUCCUGCAGGUAAUCAACCGCUCCUUCGUCUUCGGUGGCAACGCAGCCUUCGUCAGUGUGGCUUUCCCGUCGUGCCACUUUGGGAAGGUGUAUGGUGUGAUCAUGGCUCUGUCUGGAGUGUUUGCUCUGCUGCAGUACGGCUGCUUUGCCCUGGUGAAUGGGCCUCUGGAUGGAGACCCUCUAUAUGUUAACAUCGGUCUGACGCUGCUCAUCCUGCUCGCCUUCAUCCAUCCCAUUUCUGUCUACCUGCACUGUCGAAGUCUCGCCUCCCAAAGAGCCAUAAAUGCUUCCUCUUAAAGUCUGUCAAAUGAGAGUCACACUUAAAAUGUCCUUUAAUAUCACUAGUGACACUGUUACUUCUUUAGCUUGAUUGAAUGAUUAACUGUGCUUGUGUGGCUUUGUUGUAUUGCCUUUUGCAGUGAUUCUCGACUUACAGCCAACUCCAG